UUAGAGACGGAGCUGGGCCCGGGCAGCGGCGGAGACGCGACCACGACGGCGGGGUGCCCGGAGAAGCCAAGAUGCCGUCAAAGGGAAAGGAUAAAAGGAAAGGCAAGAGUAAAGGCAAAGAGAAGAAGAAGCCAGUAAAAACUGAUGAAUCUGUGGUGGACAGAGCCAAGGCCAAUGCCUCUCUUUGGGAGGCCAGGCUGGAAGUCACAGAACUCUCUAGGAUGGAGUACCGUGAUACUUCCCAGAGACUGGCAAAAAGUAAUGAGGACUUAAAGAAACGUCAGUACAAAAUGGAGAAAGACACAAUGUCUGUAUUAAGCUACCUGAAGAAGCAGGAUCAAGAGAAGGAUAAUAUGAUUGAAAAACUGAAGCAGCAGUUGAACGAAACGAAGGAAAAAGCCCAAGAGGAGAAGGAAAAAUUGGAACAAAAGUACACUGUGCAAAUAAGUGAGCUGGAGGGACAGUUCCAUCAAAAAGCCAGAGAAAUUAGCAUGAUUCAGACAGAGCUGAAAACAGUAAAACAAUUCCAGAAGAGAAAAAUCCAAGUGGAGAAAGAAUUAGAUGAUCUGAAGGAGAAUUUAAGGAACACGGAGCGCAGACAUCAGGAGACUCUUAGAAGACUGGAAGGCAGGUUUUUUGAAGAAAAGCACCGACUAGAACAAGAGGCUGAAAAGAAGAUAAUAAUGCUGGCAGAGAGAGCCCACCAGGAAGCUGUUGUGCAAUUGAACAAGGCUGGAAGAACUGUUUUUAAGGAGAAUGUUUAUCUCCAGAAAGCUCUCGCAUACCACCUAAAGGAAGCUGAUGAUCUACAAAAAAACUCCCAGAAGUUGCAAGAGACUCAGAAUUUUCUGUUACAUCAAAAGGAGAUCAAUGAUCUGUUGGUUAAGGAAAAGAUUAUGCAACUUACCCAGCAGAGAUCACAAAUCCAAACUCUUCAGAAGAAGGUGGUAAGCUUGGAGACUGCCCUAAGUUGUAUGACCAGAGAGUUUGAGUCUGAAGUUUUAAAACUGCAGCAACAAGCAGAGAUAGAGAACCAAGCGGGUCAGGUUGAAAUUGACAAGCUGCAGCAACUUCUUCAGAUGAAGGACAGGGAAAUGAAUCGAGUGAAGAAGCUGGCCAAGAACAUACUGGAUGAGAGAACAGAAGUGGAAAGUUUCUUUUUAGAUGCUCUCCACCAAGUGAAGCAACAGAUCCUAUUUAGCAGGAUACAUUAUAAACAGGUAGCACAAGCUGCUUUCAACUUUAAAAUGAGAGAGGCAUGUGCAGGAAGAACAGAAUAUCCCAAAAUCCGAACAUUUGAUGGCAGAGAGCACAGCACCAAUAGUGUGAAUCAGGAUCUUAUGGAGGCUGAGAAAUGGACAGAUAUUCAAGGAAAUGUGGAUAUUAGAGAUUUGACCUGGGAGCAGAAGGAGAAAGUCUUGAGAUUGCUCUUUGCAAAAAUGAAUGGUUUUGUUCCUAGGAAAUACAGCCAGAGUUCUAGGCCUCCAGUUCCAGACUAUGUUGUUCCUGACAAUGGAGAAACAGAGGAAUGUGGGGAUGAAUGUAAGCUUCAAGAUCAAACCUUCAUCACCCAGCAAGUGCCAGUCUCAGACUCUUCUGGUGAACUGACGAUACCCAACAUUCAGAAAGGAUCACAAGAGUCUGACAUGGGGACCUACUGACAAGCACUGCUUAACAACAUAUGACCCCAUAGAAGCUGCUGGCAGGCCCUUUUGUGCAGAAUAUUUGUUCCUGAAUAUGUUCAAAAAAGUUUUUUUAA